AUGGGAAAUCUCGUUGAUAACAAGUUCACAUGGGUGAUUCAAAACUUCUCGUCUUCCCAAUCAAGGGUCGUCCCUUCUAAUCAAUUCGUUAUUGGUGGCUGCAAGUGGCGUCUUCUUGUCUAUCCUGAGGGAUUCAAUAAGUCUGGUGAUCAUUUGUCGCUGUUUCUGGAAGUGGCUGAUCCUAGAUCAUUGCCACCUGGAUGGAGUAGACAUGCACGUUAUCUUUUAACUAUUGUUAAUCAACAUUCUGAUAAAAUCUCAAAACGAAACGAAGCAACUAAGUGGUUUAAUCAAAAGAUUCCAGGUUGGGGUUUGUCAGCAAUGAUUCCCCUUACUAAACUUCAUGCCAAAGAUGGUGGAUUUCUUGUGAAUGAUGAACUCAAGAUAGUUGCUGAGGUAAAUGUUCUUGAAGUUAUUGGCAAACUAGAUGUACCGGAGGAAUCUGAAGAGGAAACCCAAGUUACCCAACCUAUGAAAAAGGUAAAGGUAGAUUAUGAUCAUGUGGAGUCUAAUGAUUUGAUGAUCAACGAGACUCCACCGGUUAGUGAACUCAUGGACGUCAAUGGUUUUCAAGUUCUUCCUUCCCAGGUGGAUUUUGUGAAGCGUAUUUUUGAAAAACAUCCAGACAUUGCAAAAGAUUUCCGUCCAAAGAACCCACAUCUGAGGAAAGCAUGCAUGAAUUUCUUGCUCAGCUUAAUGGAGACAUUGUGCCAACCACCUCAGAAGCUAUCAAAUGAAGAUCUUGUGGAAGCAGACAAUGCACUGACAUACGUGAAAGUUUCGGGGUUUAAAGUGGAUUGGUUGGAGAAAAAGCUAGAGGAAGUGAAGAAAAAGAAGGAGGAAGAACAGACUGGUGAGGCUCGAAUUCAAGAACUAGAGGAGGAAUUGAAGGAAUUUAAGCAGAAGUGCUUAGAUAGGGAAGCUAUGCUGGAGAAAGAAAAGGCAAAGGUGUUAACAGCUAGAGCUCCUCUAACAUUGGAUGAUGUUAUUUAAUGACUUUUGGCAUGUUCUGGUCUUUGUUUGUUUGUUUGUUCGUUUGAGUCUAUGUUUCGAAAUUGGAGUCUUCUUAAAACUUAGAUAGCUAGACAGACCUAUGUGUCUUCCUUUCUUUUUGUACCUAUGGGAAUGACUAAUACUGUACAAAGGUUGAUGAUGCCUUCAAUUUCAGCUAUCAAAUCAAUAGGGAAAACCAGUUU